AGAUUCAACUUGGUUUUCAUCAUUUUGCCCCAAACUCACUCAUCCGUAAUGUCGCAAGCUGCUACUGUCUCAUCGAACAACCUGCCUUAUGCUGACCUGCCCCCGAUUAUGGCAGCACUCUUCGAGGCUAAAGCAAGGAAAGGGUUGUCUUUUGAAGCUAUUUCCAAGGCAAUCGGAAGAGAUGAGAUCUGGGUAGCUGCAGCGUUCUAUGGACAGGCCAAAAUGUCUCCUGAAGAGCUUGAAGCUGUUGCCAAUGUCCUGGACAUUCCCAUUGCUAACGUCCAGAGUGAGCUUGGUUCCCACUGGUGGCCUAACCGUGGUGGCCUUGGACCUAUGCCCCCCACCGAUCCCGUCCUCUAUCGUCUAUACGAGAGUGUCCUCGUGUAUGGACAUGCCAUCAAGGCUGUCGUUCAUGAGAAGUUUGGCGACGGCAUCAUGUCCAUGAUCGACUGCAAAGUUAACGUUACCAAAAAGCCGGACCCAAAGGGUGACCGUGUCGUUUUGACCUUUGAUGGCAAGUUCUUGCCUUACGCAAAAUGGUAGAAACUUCGUACUUGUCAAUAUAUUGUAUUAUUACCACAGAUGAUGUUAGGGAACCCUGAUGCAAUUGUUUCUGCCAGAUA